AUUGUACAAAAUCUCUGUCUAAAAGUCUUAGAACUUUCCCACUUCACAUCUCUUUCUCGACUUCGAAGCGCACCACUUCACUUUUCUGUGCUUUCUCCGUCGCCUAGCCAGUGGCCACCACGCACCACCACCAGACGACUCCUGGCGGAGCCACCGCCAGGUCCACCACCACGUCUCGGUCUGGUCGUUCCAACACGCCGCUUGUUUCUUCUUUCUUCGCACCUCAGCCACCACCACCUAUCCCUUCCACCACCUCCACACUCCGUCUCCCCCGGCCACCACCCCCGCGGGUCCACGUCUUCUCUCCGGUCAUCACUGACUGGAUUGCUUCUGGGUUGUUGCAUACGACGGAAGUGCGGGGAUACUGUCCAUAUGGAUGCUGAAGAUUCUAGUGGUAAGAGGCCCACUUCCUCGAAAAGGAAACGGAAAACCUCCACAGAUGGUGCACAGCUAGAUUCUCAAACGACUGUAUGGGGAGACAAGAUUUUGAAGGGUCCAUUUCCGGGAGGCCCAGAGGAUCCGAGGGUACUUAGGAGCUUCCCAAGUCAUGUAGCUGCUGCUAUUUGGCAUAAUGUGGAACGUGAACCCCUUAGGGUGUUCAAUCACACUUGUAAGCUUCAAGCAUGGAAAUUUGAACCAUCAGUUUCUAACUGCAAGUUUUGGAGAUAUAUUGAUAGCUCAGGGUUGCGACCGCUUAUUGAUUGCUCAUAUAGGACAUCUAAUAAAAUUGUUGUAUCCGCAUUCUGUGAGAGAUGGCAACCCGAGACAAAUACUUUCCAUCUACCAUUUGGUGAGUUGACAAUCACAUUAGAUGAUGUGUCCAACAUACUAGGAAUUCCAGUGGAUGGUAACUCUGUAUCUGUUUGUGAUGAUGAAUUGGACAACUCUGUCCUAGCUAGUCAGUGCCAUGAUUUAUUUGUCACUGCAUUAGGAGUUACCGAUGAUGAGGCACGAGCUGAGAUGGGUCGCUUCAGUGGUAGUGCGGUUACACUUGAAUGGUUAAGGCAGAGAUUUCACAAAGUAUCUGAUGAUGAGUCUCCUGAAUUUAUAGAGCAUGCAGCAAGGGGUUACCUAUUAUAUCUAUUAGGUUGCACACUCUUUGCGGAUAAAACAGGGAAUAGGAUAUCUCUCAUUUACUUGCAUUUUCUACGGGACUUGAAUAGUGUUGGGGGGUAUGCGUGGGGCGCAGCAGCAUUAGCGUACUUGUAUCGGCAAUUAGGACUUGCUUCUAGACUUGGAUGUAGGCAAAUUUCUGGAUAUUUGACUUUACUAGAGGCAUGGAUCUACGAGCAUUUUCACAAGAUUGCUACUCCCCAUGUUAACGUUCAUUACCUAGAGGAUCAGCCGCGUGUGCGCCGUUGGACCCCACGAAAGGAUGCAGGGUUAUCUUUACAGCAUUUGCAGGCAAUGCGACAACGACUCGAUCUUAUGCAUGAUACUGAGGUUGUCUGGGAUCCAUAUCAUGGUCAGAGAGGACAUCAUUCUUUACCAAAGAUGGCAUUCUAUACUGGUCUCCUCAAGUGUGUGGAUAUUGUGGAGCCUUAUUAUGUUGAUAGGGUUCUACGACAGUUUAGCCUUGUUCAGACAAUUCCCCGAAUGACAUAUACCCCUUCUCGAGUUCAACGGAGCACUGAUACAAAAAUGUACAAGGUUGUGCAUACGUACUUUGAUGGGAUUUGGCAAAGGCGUGAAUAUCACCUAUUGGGACCAGAAAACCUUAGCAGGGAGGUUAUAGCCCCAUCAGAUUGUGAUCCUGGGUACCACUCAUGGUAUCGUAAAAUCACCCAUCCAUACGUGCAUCACCCUGAUCAUAGGUCUGCUGCCAUACGGCCACAUGACAUAAAUGAUCCACAUCAGCGCAUAGCACGUCUUCUAGCCAUCAUGGAGCCUAUUUCACAGUCUAAUCUUCGUUGUGCUUGUAAAUUUUACGAGGCAUUUGAGCAAGUCCGGUCAAUUUUGCAAGGGUCUGAGGCAGAAAUUGCAGCAACAGCAGCAGCAGCUCAAGCAGAACCAGCAACACCUGUUCCAUCUGCAUCUACAACCCAAAACAUUGCAGACCCAGCAGCACCUGUUUCAUCCGCAUCUGCCACUCAAGACGUUGCAGAACCAGCAGCAGCUCAAGAUGUUGCAGAACCUGCAACACCUGUUCCAUCUACAUCUGCAACUCAAGACGUUGCAGAACCAGCAGCUGCUCAAGACGUUGCAGGACGAGUAGCACUGCCGCUGGUCUUCGGUUCAUCGUCUUCCUUUGUCAAAAACUCUGAAUCCAAAGACAACCCAUUGUCCUUGCCGCCGCCACCUGAAACCCCAAUUUUCUGGCCGCCUGACGGAACGCUCAGCCUUGAAUGGGUUCGGAACCUAAUGUCCACUUUCGAUUGGGCUUCUAGAAAUCUUGAACCAAACCAAUUUCCGGAUGUAUUUCCUAUGGAGGUUUUUGAUAGCUUGGUCCUCUGCGCCUUCAAUAUCCUCCACAAAGAGGCAAAUUGCAUUGCCGUCGACCAGUUAGGUAUGGAAUCCACUGUUGUCGUUGUUGGAGACAUUCACGGUCAGCUGCACGAUCUCCUUUUCCUUCUAAAUGAUGCUGGAUUUCCUUCAGAAAAUCGAUUAUACGUCUUCAAUGGCGAUUAUGUUGAUAGAGGGGCUUGGGGGAUCGAAACCUUCUUGAUUUUAUUGGCUUGGAAGGUGUUUUUGCCCAAGAGCGUUUAUCUUCUUAGAGGAAAUCACGAAUCGAAAUACUGCACUUCCGUUUACGGAUUUGAAAAGGAAGUGUUGACAAAGUAUGGAGGAGACAAAGGGAAGGAUGUGUACCAAAAAUGUCUCGAGUGCUUUAAACGUCUCCCUUUGACAUCCAUUAUCGGGAAAUACGUAUACACUGCUCAUGGUGGGCUGUUUCGCAGCAUGGUUGCAUACCCCAAGAGAUCAAAGGGAAAGAAGAGGAGGAAAAUAUCUUUCGUUCCUGAACUGAGCAGUAAAUUGUCUCUUGGCACGUUUGAAGAAUUGAAGAAGGCUCAAAGAUCGGUUCUUAAUCCUCCGUGGAUGGGUUCAAACUUGAUUCCUGGUGACGUGCUAUGGUCAGAUCCCUCCAUGGAUCCCGGCCUUUCUUUGAAUGAAGAGAGAGGCAUUGGUUUGCUUUGGGGCCCUGACUGCACUGAGGAGUUUCUCAAGAAGUUUCAACUCAAGUUGAUUAUUAGAUCGCAUGAAGGCCCUGAUGCACGGGACAAGAGGCCAGGUCUUGGUGGAAUGGAUAAUGGGUUCACCAUAGAUCACACUGUGGAGUCAGGGAAGCUCAUUACUUUGUUUAGUGCUCCAGACUACCCACAAUUUCAGGCAACAGAAGAUAGGUACAGAAAUAAAGGAGCUUACAUCGUUCUGGAACCCCCUAAUUUUGACGAUCCUGUUAUCCACAGCUUUGAAGCAAUCACUCCAAGACCUCAGGCAAAUCCCUUUUAUGACUUUGAAGAAGUGGCUGAUUCUGAUCAAGAGUUGGACUUUGCAUCGCCAUCGAUGGAGACUAGCCCGUGAAGUCCCCGGUCACCUGUUUUCUGAUGGUUUGUUCAUGAUUUUUUGAUGCGUUUCUCCAUUUUGUAAACUGCAUUUUCUUUUGCCUUUGCCAAAUGCCAUUUCAAAAUGCAGAGCAGCAUCUUCAGACAAGGCAGUAUCAUGGCAAUCUUUUGGUUCAUCGUCCCCAUCAAUGAAAAUUAGAAUACAGAUGCCUUUCUAUAUUGAUCCGACUUGUACGUUAA